AUGGCUACCGGCACUCUUAACCAAUACAUUCAGACUGUUGAAAGAAUGUACAGACUUGGAGAAGGUGACGAUCUCGCGCGACUUUUGUCACUAAGAGAUCCACACGUUGCGAACAGAAAUCUGCGAUCAAGUGACAUAGCUUCUCUAGUGGAAGGCAAUUGUUUAGCACCUCUUGAUGAAGUAAUUAUAUGCCAUUUACUGUGCGUAAAGGCAUUAUGUGAAAGAGAAUAUUUAGAAGCUUAUAGUCACCAAAGCCAAUGUAUAGUAGCAAUAGUAAGAAUAUUACAAAAUCAAAAAGAACAAAACUGGUGUCUCCCUCUCAUGUACACUGUAUGUCUAGAUUUGCGUCUGGUGGCACAGAAGGCAGAAGCAUGUAAACCUCAAAGUAAUGGCAAGAUCUUGGAAAAGGCUGCAGAAAGUUUACUUUCAUGCUUCAGAGUUUGUGCUGCUGAUAAUAGAACUUCAGAUGAUGAUACCAAAAGACUUGGUAUGUUAUAUCUAGUAAACCAACUCCUUAAAGUGUAUUUUCGAAUAAACAAGUUGCAUUUAUGUAAACCACUUAUAAGGGCAAUUGACUCGUCUCCCUUAUGGUACCAAUUUCCUUUGGCUCAGCAAAUUACAUACAGAUAUUUUGUUGGUCGUAAGGCAAUGUUUGAUUCUGAAUACAGAGCAGCAGAUGAAUAUCUAUCCUUUGCCUUUCAAAACUGCCAUAAAAGGAGUCAUAAAAAUAAAAGGUUAAUCCUUACAUAUUUAAUACCUGUUAAAAUGUUAUUAGGCUAUAUGCCAACAAAGCGACUUUUGGAAAAGUAUGACCUGCUACAAUUUUGGGAUCUAACGUCUGUAGUAAAAAAUGGUGAUUUGCAUGGCAUAGACACAAUCAUGGAAGAGCAUGAGUCUUUUUUUAUUAGUGCUGGUAUUUACUUAAUUGUAGAGAAACUGAAAACUAUAGCAUAUAGAAAUCUGUUUAGAAAGGUAUAUUUGGUAGAAAAUUCACAUCAGAUUGAUAUAGCCAGCUUUCAAGCAGCUCUGCACAUUAUGGGACAAGAGGAUGUAGAUUCUGAUGAAACUCAAUGUAUUGUUGCCAACUUAAUCUUUCUGGGCAAAAUUAAAGGCUACAUUUCAUACCAACAUAAGAAGGUUGUUGUAAGUAAACAAAAUGCAUUCCCACCAUUGUCAACUUUG